AUCACGUGGUCUCUCUUUGCUUUAUAAACGCCACCAUUGUGCGUCGCGUUUGGACUGUUGUUUAUUUCCGCCCAGUGAGGCAGUUUUAAGAGCACAAGGAACGCUGUCAGCAGACGAAACACAGAAUGUGGCGACUAGCCUUCCUGUGCCUGAUCUCAGCCCUCUCUGUUAGCUGGGCUCGACCGCGCCUUGCUCCUCUCUCCCAUGAGAUGGUCAAUUUCAUCAAUAAAGCAAACACUACUUGGAUGGCUGGGCAUAACUUCCAUAAUGUGGACUACAGCUAUGUGAAGAGGCUCUGUGGGACUUUUCUGAAAGGACCCAAACUCCCUGUCAUGGUGCAGUAUGCUGAUGAUCUCAAGCUUCCUACUAACUUUGAUGCCAGAGAACAGUGGCCCAACUGCCCCACUAUUAAAGAGAUCCGAGACCAGGGCUCUUGUGGUUCAUGCUGGGCUUUUGGUGCUGCUGAAGCAAUCUCGGACAGAGUGUGUAUCCACAGCAAUGCCAAAGUGAGUGUAGAGAUCUCCUCUCAGGACCUGCUAACCUGCUGUGACCGCUGUGGCAUGGGAUGUAAUGGUGGCUAUCCAUCUGCUGCCUGGAACUUCUGGAGCGAAGAAGGCUUGGUGACUGGUGGACUAUACAACUCUCACAUUGGCUGUCGCCCAUACACUAUUGAGCCCUGUGAGCAUCAUGUGAACGGCAGCCGCCCGCCCUGUACUGGAGAGGGUGGAGACACGCCCAACUGUGAGAUGUCAUGUGAACCUGGCUACAGUCCCCCUUACAAGCAGGACAAACACUUUGGAAAGACUUCCUAUAGUGUCCCAUCCAAUGAGAAGCAGAUUAUGAAGGAGCUGUAUAAGAAUGGACCAGUAGAGGGAGCUUUCACUGUUUAUGAGGACUUCCUACUUUAUAAGUCUGGGGUUUAUCAGCAUGUUAGUGGAUCUGCAUUAGGUGGCCAUGCUAUUAAGAUUCUGGGUUGGGGAGAGGAGAAUGGCACCCCCUACUGGCUAGCUGCUAAUUCCUGGAACACUGACUGGGGUGAAAAUGGUUUUUUCAAGAUUCUCAGAGGUGAGGACCACUGUGGCAUUGAAUCAGAAAUUGUGGCUGGAAUUCCCAUGUAAUUUCUUGACAUCUAGGAGAAGAGAGGUGGAGAAACGAGCGCCCUGUUCAAAAUGAAGACAAGGAAUGUCUCUAAUUUCAGUUUAAGAGGACUGCCAUCCUUGAUGGCCAUAAUACAAUGACCGACAAGUUGAGACAUACCCUUUUAAGAUAGGGGCCCUCUGAUCAGGUACAUUUCUUUUAGAAGUUUUUAAUUUGAGCGGUUUGAAUUUGAGUAAGACUUCAUGUACAACUACUGAAUGUGUCACUAGUGCAAGUCAUUGAAGUCCAGUUUUAGACCACAGUAUAAAAGUAUUUUUAACGUAACUUGCUCUCAAAAAAAAGAUUUGCUUUAGGUUAAAUUUGUUUUUACUUUGUAUUUGAGUUUUAAUGCCUUGUCUCAAAUGUAAUAAAAAUGUAUAUAGAGUCCCAAAA